GACGGCAAGGAUUACAUCGCCCUGAACGAGGACCUGCGCUCCUGGACCGCCGCGGACAUGACGGCUCGGUUCACCCAGCGCAAGUGGGAGGCGGCCCGUGCGGCGGAGCAGGUCAGAGCCUACCUGGAGGGCGAGUGCCUGGAGUGGCUCCGCAGAUACCUGGAGAACGGGAAGGAGACGCUACAGCGCGCAGGUACCAGGGGCAGUGGGGAGCCUUCCCCAUCACCUGUAGAUCGCCCGGGAUGGCCUCCCAUGAGGAGGGGAGGAAAAUGGGAUCAGCACUAGAAUGUCGCCCUCUCUUGAAUGGAGAAUGGCAUGAGUUUUCCUGAGUUUCCUCUGAAGGCCCCCUCUGCUCUCUAGGACAAUUAAGGGGUGACGUCUCUGAGGACAUGCAGGGGAAGACAGUCCCCAGAAUACUGAUCAGGGGUCCCCUUUGUCCCCUGCAGCAGCCUUGGGCA